AUGGUCUCCACGGGAUCCUCCAUUGAAGUCAUCCCAACCCACCACGGACUGCAUUCUCUCAAGGUCCCGACGAUUCUGAAUGUUCUCAUGACGUCCAUCAUGGGCGAGGAGCUGUGGCGCAUCAAGGAAACGAUGUUUAAUGGUGACGAGGAAAUGCAUCGGGCCAUGGUCCACCUCGCCGACAUUCAUGCCAGUGGAAACAUUGAUGUUACCUGCGUUGGCCUCACACGUUGGUACCAGGACUCGGGUCGUGUUGUCGUCGACAAUGACCAAAACAACGAGUCUGUCACCCAUUUUGACACUUCCACCGCGACCCAGGGGUCAGCCUCUAGUACUACAGAGCUCCCGGCUCCCGCUCGGCGUCUCGACUUUCCUGGGUCCAAACAUGUACUAGAAUAUUUACUGUUAGUGUAA